UAACAAAACAAAAACACAACACAGUUCAGAGGUCUGCUUUUUUAUUUAAAUGUUCAAUGAAAGUCAAAAUUUAUAUACAACUAAAAGGAGGAAAUUUGAAACGUAUGAAUUUUGUCUAAAUUGUUUUUGCCACUUUCUGUGUUUUGAGGUUUAAAUUUUCAGGGAGAAUCAAAUCUGAUUUCAAAAUCUUUGACUUUAAACAGAAAGUCCUUUAUUUAUUUAUCUAUUCAUUUAUUAUUUUCUCUUCAAGAACUAUAAUUAUAAAAUUAAUCAUCAAAAUCCCUGUCCACACUCAGCAAAACCAAACAUCAACAGACAAAACACAACACAGUUCAGAGGUCUGCUGACUAAAAGAAAAUAUCUGAAUCUUAUUGGGAAUUUUUUUGUUUCUUCUUUUCUUUGUUGUUUUUUGUUUUUGUUUUGUUUGUUUGUUUGUUUUACCAAUUUCUGUUUAUUUAGAUUUAAAAAUCAAAUAUGUUUCCUAAGGUGUGACUUUAAACAGAUACUUCUUCAUUUUUAAUUUUCUUAUUUUAUCCAAGAACGUCAAAUACUUACAAACAAUCCACACAACUAAAAGAAGAACAUUUGAAAUGUCUAAAUAGUGUUUGCCAAUUUCUGACCAUUUUCAAUGGAAGUCAUAUAUGAUUUCAAAUCUGUGACUUUAAACAGAUGCUCCUUUAUUUAUUUAUUAUUAUUUUCUCUUUUUGUUCAAGAACUUUAAGUACAUAAAAACAUUCAAAAUUUCAGUCCACCUUCAGCUAAACACAACACAGUUCAGAGGUCUGCUGACUAAAAGAAAAUAUCUGAAUCUUGUUGUUUUUCUUUUACAAGUUUGUGUAUUUUCAGGUGUAGUUUGCAGCUCUGAUCUCUGCAGUGACUUCCCACAGAUGCUCCUCUCUCUCAGGCUGCGGAGACAAAGCGGCUCUUCUUCCCUCACACAGUGCCGGCCUCUCCUUCCUGCGCUCCGGCGCCCCCUGCAGGCGCAGCUCGGUGCUGCUACAACCAGCUCCAGCAGCGGCAGGAGGAGUGGAUGAGCCUGAUCACUGAGCCCUCACAAGGAGCCCUGUUGUCGGAGGUGACACCGCCCCUCCGCCUGCCAGAAAAGAAGAAGAAAAAACCCUCCGCUUCCGACUGGGAACAGGAGCCGGUGCUCGGUGUCCGCAGCGGGGAUGGAUCGAUCCGUCGGCUGGUAGCGGAGCCCCCUCCGUGCGUCAGCGCCGGGAAUGGAUCCGGAAUCCGGUGUGGCGUCUGCGGGGAGUUUCAUCCCCCUGAACGAACACGAGCAGAGGUUUUACUCAGGUCUGCACAGCCUGUGCCAAGCGGACACCUCAGGAAAACUGUCGUCCGGCAAAGUGGCGGAGCUGUUCAAGGCGUCUCAGCUGCCUCCUGAAGCCCUGCACAGGGUGACCGAGGUGUGCGGAGCGAAGCGCCUCGGAUACUUCGGUACGCCUCAGUUCUACGUGGCCCUGAAGCUGCUCGCGGCCGCCCAGUCUGGCCUGCCCGUCCACCUGGAGAGCGUCACGGCCAAUCUACCUCUGCCCAGGUUUGCCGGGCUGAAGAAUGAACCAGAGAUGCGAUACUCCACCGUCCCUGCAGGUGUAGACGGGGCUCAGGGUGGAGCUGCGCCUGCGUCAGUCCCCUGGACGCCAGCAGACAGGAGCGCCUUCAGACACCUGGAGGCCAGCGCAGAGAAGAAGGAACCCUGGUCUCCGCCACGAUCGCCGAGCAGCUCGCCUCCUCGCUCCCCGCUGACCUACCGCAGCUACACCUACAGCAAGCAGAGGAACGGCGCCGACUCGCAGAUCGCCUACGAAAGCAAACAUUCCUCGCGCCCGAUGGUUCAGCUGGAGCAGCACUCCUCGCCCAGCAACUACGGGACUAAACCCUCGGUGGAGCAUCCUGCUAUGGCGCGGGCUUCCUCAUCAGAGAGACUAGAGCAGCAGGGCGUCGUUGACUAUUCUGACGAUGACCCCUGGAGGAUCACAGAGGAACAGCUGGAGUAUUACACCAAUCAGUUCAAGACCCUGCAGCCCGACCUGGGGGCCCUGAUCCUCGGAGCCAUUGCAAAGAACUUCUUCACAAAGUCCAAGCUGCCCAUACCAGAGCUCUCCCACAUUUGGGAGUUGAGUGACGUGGACCGAGACGGCGCUCUCACCUUCCCUGAGUUCUGCACAGCCUUUCACUUGAUAGUGGCGCGCAAGAACGGCUACCCUCUCCCAGAGAGCCUUCCUCCGACCCUGCGACCCGGGUUCAUCCAGCAGGAAGAGGACAUACCGGACACACCUGAGAGUGCAGAGCCGCUUAUCGUCUUCGAGGAUGCUGAACUGCGGCCUGGUCAGAUGGACCGGAGCGUUAUGGAGAGGCUCCAGCCAAGUCUGGCCCCAACAAAGCAAGAUAUGAAUGAGGAAGCGUCGAAACAAGACGCAGGUGUGAUGAGGGUGAAGACGUCUCAAGAGAAACAGACUCUGCAGCUCGGUGCUUUUCCUGAAAGGCCAGAGCCGCCUCACGACCUGGACACACAGAUGAAGACCAAAACUAGACCCAGGUCCUACUCCAGCACCUCUAUCGAAGACGCGAUGAAGAAAGCGGAGGAGCCCCCCACGCCUCCGCCUCGACCCCAGAAGACCCACUCCAGGGCCUCCUCGCUGGACCUCAACAAGCUCUUCCAGCAGGGCGCUCCAGGGGUAAGAAGUGGAUGGCUGCCACCUCCUCCGGCCCUCCCGCCGAGACCGACAGCCUCACAGGUUUCUCAUUUCAUCAACGUCUCGGAGAAAACUCCCCAGACUAAAGUGCUGCAGCCGAACUUUGCUGACUUCAGUCGCUUUAGAGAAGAGGAGGAGAGCAGUGUGAAACCUGACAAACAGGGUCCGCGCUCCAGAUUUGGUCGAAGCACUGAAGACUUGACAAACGCUUCAAAGCAGGACGUGAUUGGAGUGUCUCACAGUCAGGCGCCACAGAAGCCGGUCCGCAGGAAAUACCACCCAGACAGCCAGAACCUGGAGGCCGUAGCUCCGCCCACCGUGCCGUUUCCUACCCCCGCCAAAUCUGCUCAGAAGCUGCUGUCCAAACAGAAGAGGGAGAUCCAGAUGGCGAUCCGUAAAAACAAGGAAACCAACGCGGUGUUGACACGUCUCAACAGCGAGCUCCAACAGCAGCUCAAGGUGGUUCACCAGGAGAGGGUCACCUUGGAGUCCCAAGUGGAGCUCCUGCGGCCUCUGGCCUCAACGUGACCGAAGUCUGGUUGGACUUGUCCGUGUCACGCAAACACAUCCCCAUCAAACAUGAAUGUUUGAGCCAGGAUGCAGAAAGUUGUUUUCCUUUGUUACGAAUGCAUAAUAAAUGUAAAAGGUUCGAGGACGGGGACAAUCAGG